AUGAUCAACCCCAACACAGAGACCUCUUCAGAGCUCAGUGUCACCCCGGGGCUCCAGGACCAAGGCAGGAACCUUAGCUGUCGGGUGACAGUCCUGAGCACGGGGAAGAGCACAGAGGGAACCGUUCAACUCAACGUGUUCUAUGCCCCACAGAACCUCAGCACACAUGUCUCCUUCAGAGCCACCUCAGGGCUGGCACAGCAGGAUCAACGAUACUGGCUGAAGGUUCAGGAUGUGGAGGUGCAGGAGGGGCUGUGUGCCCAUGUACCCUGCACUUUCUACCACCAUGACCUUAGGAAGAACCCUUACUUCGAUGGCUACUGGUUCAGGAAAGAGGCUGAUGUAAGGUACGACCCUCCUGUGGCCACGAGCAAUGGAGAGAGAAAAGUGAGCAGCGACACCCAGGGCCGAUUCCACCUCUUCAGCAGCUACUAUUCCCAAAAUUGCUCCCUGAGCAUCAGUGAUGUCAGGAGGUCGGACAAUGACACAUACUUCUUCCGGGUGGAGAGUGGAAGAGUGGCACAUAGUUUCAAAGAACAGCACCAACAACUACAUAUCCAGGUGAAAGGAGCCUGCAACCAAACGAACCUCAGUUUCUCUUGGGCUGUCGAGAUGAUCAACCCCCACACAGAGGCCUCUUCGGAGCUCAGCCUCACCCCAGGGCCCCAGGACCAUGGCAGAAACCUCAGCUGUCGGGUGACAGUCCUGAGCACGGGGGAGAGCACUGAGGGAACCAUUCAACUCACCGUGUUCUAUGCCCCACAGAACCUCAGCACACAUGUCUCCUUCAGAGCCACCUCAGGGCCGGGGGCCCAGAGCGUGCAGCUUCUCUGCAGAGCAGACAGCAACCCCCCAGCAGAGAUGAGCUGGAUACCUGUGUCCCUGGGGACUGACAUUGUCCUUUCAAAGGCCACCACCUCAGGGAACCACACCACCCCCGAGAAUGAAGCAGUCCCCCAGAACAUGGCCACACUGGAGAUGCAUUUGGCGGAGUCCCAGGAAGAUGCAGAGUUCAUCUGCCAGGCUCGAAACUACCUGGGCACUCAGACAGUCUCUGUCAGGCUCUCUAUGCCAGAGUCCCUCACUAAUAGCAGAUCUGAAUCUUGGGGCUCCUCGCAGCUGGUGCUGAUGCUGAUCAGAGGCACCCUAAUGGGGGCUGGCUUCCUGCUAACCUACGGCCUCACCUGGGUCUACUACAGCAGGCGUGGGGGAGCCACAGGCCAGGCUGAGCCCCCCAAAGGCUCCUGA